GGGGCGGCGCGCGGCCUAACGGCGGCGGCGGCGGCGACAGCAGCGGUGGUAGUGUCUGGUUAGCUCGGCGGCUGCAGAUCUCGCGGCGACGCCUGCGAGGGACCCCGGCCGCGGGUCGAGGCGGGCGGUGCCUGCGAGGGACCCGUGUCGCGGGUCGAGGCGGGCGGCGCGCGGUGGGGGCACUCGGCGAUGGUAGGCGUCCCUGGAGCGGCCGCCUUCCAGCUUGGUCCUGAGAAAAGGGUGCCAGCAAUGCCUGGAUCGCCUGUGGAAGUGAAGAUACAGUCCAGAUCCUCACCUCCCACCAUGCCACCCCUCCCACCAAUAAAUCCUGGAGGACCGAGACCAGUGUCCUUCACUCCUACUGCAUUAAGCAAUGGAAUCAACCAUUCUCCUCCUACCCUGAAUGGUGCCCCAUCACCACCACAGAGAUUCAGCAAUGGUCCUGCCUCCUCCACAUCAUCUGCACUCACAAAUCAGCAGUUGCCAGCCACCUGUGGUGCUCGACAGCUCAGCAAGUUGAAACGCUUUCUUACCACUCUGCAACAGUUUGGAAAUGACAUCUCCCCUGAGAUUGGGGAGAAGGUGCGGACUCUUGUUCUUGCACUGGUGAACUCAACAGUGACAAUCGAGGAAUUCCACUGUAAGCUCCAAGAAGCCACAAACUUUCCCCUUCGUCCUUUUGUGAUUCCAUUUCUCAAGGCCAACCUUCCCCUGCUACAGCGAGAACUGCUGCACUGCGCUCGGGCAGCCAAGCAGACCCCAUCCCAGUACCUCGCUCAGCACGAACACCUUCUGCUCAACACAAGCAUUGCAUCGCCUGCUGAUUCGUCAGAGCUGCUCAUGGAGGUACACGGAAAUGGGAAGAGGCCCAGUCCGGAGAGGAGAGAAGAGAAUAGUUUUGAUAGAGAUACAAUCGCUCCUGAGCCUCCUGCCAAGAGAGUAUGUACCAUCAGCCCUGCUCCUCGGCACAGUCCUGCUCUCACUGUGCCCCUAAUGAAUCCUGGGGGCCAAUUCCAUCCUACCCCUCCGCCUCUUCAGCAUUACACCUUAGAGGAUAUUGCAACUUCUCACCUGUAUCGGGAACCCAACAAGAUGCUAGAGCAUCGAGAAGUUCGUGAUAGACACCACAGUCUCGGUCUAAAUGGAGGCUAUCAAGAUGAGUUGGUAGAUCAUCGUUUGACAGAAAGGGAAUGGGCUGAUGAAUGGAAACAUCUUGACCAUGCGCUGAAUUGCAUUAUGGAAAUGGUAGAGAAAACAAGGCGCUCCAUGGCAGUUCUGCGGCGCUGUCAGGAAUCAGAUCGUGAAGAACUCAACUAUUGGAAAAGACGGUACAAUGAAAACACAGAGCUGAGGAAAACAGGGACUGAGUUGGUCUCCAGGCAACACAGCCCUGGGAGUACAGAUUCUCUCAGCAAUGAUUCUCAGAGAGAGUUCAACAGCAGGCCAGGUACAGGAUACGUACCUGUGGAGUUUUGGAAGAAAACAGAAGAAGCUGUGAAUAAGGUGAAAAUUCAGGCCAUGUCAGAAGUACAGAAGGCUGUCGCUGAGGCAGAGCAGAAAGCAUUUGAAGUGAUUGCAACAGAGAGAGCACGAAUGGAGCAAACCAUAGCGGACGUCAAGCGGCAGCAGGAGUACUGUACCUUAAAAACCCAUCAAGAGGAGUCCACGGAGAACUGCUGGAACUGUGGCCGCAAAGCCAGCGAGACAUGCAGUGGCUGCAAUAUCGCGCGAUACUGCGGCUCUUUCUGCCAGCACAAGGACUGGGAGCGGCACCACCGCCUCUGUGGUCAGAACCUGCAUGGCCAGAGUCCCCACAGCCAGGGUCGGCCGCUGCUUCCUGUAGGCAGGGGCUCCUCUGCCAGGUCUGCCGACUGCAGCGUGCCCAGCCCAGCCCUCGACAAGACCUCGGCAACCACAUCGCGUUCCUCCACACCUGCUUCGGUGACAGCUAUCGACACCAACGGACUCUGAGCCCCGGACUCUACUUACCCUGAUGGCUGCUCAGCACCACAGAGUGCUUGGGCUGUGGGACUGGCUGUUGGAACCCGUGCAUGUAGCUCUGCUGGGUCAUUAACAAGAAAUGCAUUGGUGGCAGGAAGAGUCCAAGCCUGAAUAAUAGCGCCCCACAGCCUCUCUGGACACUUGCUGUCUGCGGAGCCAGUGUGCCAUUCUCUGCACGUGGGCAGCCGGCCCAACCUGCCUCCUCCAUGGCUUUCCUGGUUUGUUCCUCCCCACUGAAGCUGACUUAGCCAGCCUCUUUUCAGUGUAGACCACCAGCUCCCCUCCCCGUCUCCUUGAGUCAGCAGACUGUCCAAUGUGCUCAGCCAGGCUGGAGGCAGCAGACAGCAGGCUGUGGAGGAGGCCCCUCGGACAGGGAGCAGCCUGCCUCACCCCUGAACAGCUCUUUCGGCCCCAUCUCCACCCUCAGCAGAUGACACUGAUUGGCCUCACGGGGACUUGGGUAAGCAACAGGCGGCACUCAGGACUCUCUUCUCAACCUUGCUGUUCAGACUUGUUAAGAUCUCAGAGUCCACAGGAAAGAAGUCACUGUUGCAAUAAAAGCACCCGUAGUAGCAAAAACAUAAACAAUAAAAUUUCCCCCACAUCACAGAUGAUUUUGGACAAGAUUUUCCAACCUUGCUGGCUACUUUAGUUUGGGACCCAUUUUUUUUCUCAUUUGAUUUUGCUUGUGCAGAAAAUAGUUUCCAGCACAUGGAUUGGUCUGAGAGAGAAUGAGACUCAGUUGUGGAUAGUCUGUUCUCUCUGAGCAUGUUGGCCAAACUAGUAUCAUCAAAUUAUUGAGUGGAUCAUCUCUUGGAAAUGCAGAACUUCUGCCACCACUUGGCUAUUUGCACAGUCGUCUUGUUCUGUGUCCUUUUAUCUCUCAGACCACACACAUCUGGAAUGCUGUGGGCAUCUUCUGCCCAUGGGCUCUAUUUGGCACCUGCUGAGCCACAGUUGUCCUGCUGGACGUGCUGUGGCAGGUUGGUAGGACUUGCCCCCACUGUCAAGGCCUGGUCUUGUCUGAAAAGCCCUCCUGGACCUCAAAGAAUUCUUCGGACCUCAUAGUUACAGGUCAUUAUAUCUACUAUGUUGAUUUAUCAUCAGGCACACAA